AAUAAUAAGCAGUAAAAGUUAACCAAUAAUAAACAAAAUAUAAUGGAAAAGCUAUAUAGAAGAGAACGCUCACCCCUCAGUGAAAAAAGGCGGUCGGCUAAGCCUUAUGCACUGACCUACAAAAACCUGCAAAAAAUGCCCGUGAAUCUGCGAAAGAAAGCCGUGCGGGAGGCACGAAAUCGAAACGAAAAGAUUCUGGGCAAGCGAAAGGAGCGAAAGAGGACAACUCGGGAGCUGUCCAAUACUCCACGGCGCCAGCGCAACGACUUUGACCGAUCCGAGCACAAUGCCAUGCUGGCCAGCACAUCGGAGGAACUGCGACGGAUCCUGGACAGCUGUGAAACGCUCUCGGAUAUUCCGCACGAUAUUACGCCCACAGAGCUGAUGGGGGAGAUUGCCAUCGCCCAGGGUCAGGCCACAACGAUCCAUGUGCAGCGGGAUGGACUCAGCACUCUCACCGUGGUGCUCCACCAAUGUGAACCGACGAUUGCCCAGCUGAAGAGGGCAAUCGGUUUGAUCUCUCGAGCACAGCACAAGCGCAAGCAACGCGAACGGCACGAAGAGCGUCUCAGGCGUCGGGGAAUUGCCGAAGAAUCGGCUGGAGACGAGGCGAGGCACGAAGAUUGGCGGCAGAGACGGCAACCAGUUGUGGCUAUGGCCAGCUCCACCGGCGAGUUAGUUCACUCCGCUCAGCGCAACGGGCACGAUCAUCGCGCAUUCGUCUCGUGGCGAUUUCUAUGGCGCUGCUUUGGCCUUUUCAACGUGGACACCAAUCAGCCGAUCGACGACCGAAGCUCCAGCGGGAGAGCCACAUUAAAGGAGCUGGGCAUUGAGAACGCGGCCACCCUGAAGUUUGUGCAUCGCGUCAAGUACUUCGGGCGCCAGCGGCAGAGCUAAUGCCGAGUUAAUGAUA